AUGUCGCACUCCCAUCAUGACUCGACGUCCGUGGUCAGGACUCACUACGAUGACAUUCAAUUUGCAAUUGAUAGCAGAUACAAAGUUACACGCGUACUAGGGAAAGGUACAUAUGGUGUGGUUUGUUUAGCAUAUGAAGCCAACGACAAUAGCAACCGUAAAAUUGCAAUCAAAAAAGUCAUGAAGAUCUUUACCAAUGAGACUCUAGUCAAGAGGGCUAUGCGCGAGCUUAAACUAAUGCGCCACUUUAGAGGCCAUAGAAACAUUAUUUCUUUGUUUGACUUAGAUAUGGUCAAACAUGCUCCAUAUGAUGGCUUGUAUUGCUACCAAGAACUUAUGGACUUGGAUUUGGCCCGAGUUAUCCAAGGCCCAAUUGAAUUAACGGAUUUUCAUGUUCAAAGUAUUACCUACCAGAUACUUUGUGGAGUUAAAUACAUCCACUCGGCUCGCGUUAUUCAUCGUGACUUGAAACCUGGAAAUAUUCUUGUUAAUUCUCAAGGGGUAGUCAAAAUUUGUGACUUUGGUCUUGCUCGUGGAAUCAACGAAGAUACAGAGAGUGAACGUAUUAAAAUCACACGCUAUGUUCUGGGUACUCCUCCAAAAGACCUGGUUAUUCGUAUUGCCUCGGUCUAUGCCUGGGACUAUUUUGCUGCAUCUGUUCAAUACCCCAAAAUUCCCUUUGGAGAACUUUACCCAAUGGCAAACAAUGGCGCACUUGAUUUAAUCGAACUGCUUCUUCAAUUUGAUCCUUCAGUCCGUCCCUCAGCUGUUGAUUGUUUGAACCAUUCAUAUUUUAACUUUGUCCGGUCUAUUGAAGAUGAACCUGUGUCUAAAGAAUAUUUUGAUUUUUCUUUUGAAAAAUUAAGUAAUACGGAACUUGAAGUGGAACUAAGAGAAGAGGUCAAAUCGUUUAGAAAAGAAGUGCGCAACGAACCUUAUACCCCAACUAACUAUACCCGUGGUAAACGCUCGAGUGGGGCUCGUAGUAGUCAGUCACAGUAUCACUACCAGCCUCGUACUCAAUUUGCCAAAAAAGAAGAUGGAACUCUCACUACUACUGUUGACGAAAAAAGACAUGAAAUAUGGAAGGCACUUCUACCUGAAAUUGAUCAUGGUCUUGAUAGAGAGUUUGAAAUUGAUGACGAUUCUCGAUGGCCAAAAUUAGAGCUUGAUGAAGUUGACUCUGCAUUGGCUGAUACCCCAAAUGAUAAAGCUCCAGGAGACGAUGGAAUUACUGGCAAAGUUUUAAAGAUGGCAUGGCUAAAUAAAGACUUUAAGGAAAGGUUUUUCAAGCUUCUCCAAGCUUGUGUGAAGUUUGGAUACCACCCAAAAGUCUGGAGACAUGGCAUUAUUGUUGUUAUACCUAAACCUAAGAAACCUGACUAUUCAAUGCCAAGAGCAUACCGACCAAUUUCCUUACUUAAGAUUCCAUCUAAAGUACUGGAAAAAAUUAUACAAAAAAGAAUGACCAAGCUUACAACACACUUACUUCCACCAGAGCAAUAUGGGGGAAAACAAGGUUAUUGUGCUACUGAUGCUGUUUUGGAACUUGUCCAAAGAAUUGAAACUAGUAAAGAAAAAAAUUUCAGCUAUGCUCAUUGA